AUGGUCGCCAUGGACAACAGCGGCAACGGCACGCUUCGUGUCCCCGGUUUCGGCUCCAUCCCCCUGGACUACGAGCUGCCGUCGGACGCCCGCUUUGCCCACGGUAUCCAGGAGUGGCGUCAAGCUCCCGCCGUCACGGCGCGCGAGCUGGCGAUGGUGUCAGUGAUGAAUCGUCUGACCGACCUCCCGAACUGGUAUAUCGAGGUUUUUGAUGAUGCGAUCGUCGCAUGCUGGCGGCAAAAUCCCGACGUGGCCUCGAUCGCCACGAAUCCACUGUUGAGUGACCGGGCUUGGGAUUGGUGCUUGCAGGAGCUGCGUGACAAAGCCGAAGAAUACCAGCGCCAAAGACAUAUCCGGGUCCUUGAUACCGGGUCUUGUAUUUGUAAGUCUGACGAUGUUCCUGGGCUCCAAAACAGCACAGGAGGGCUGGCAGAUGAAAUCCGAUCUGCGGCGAAGAUAGUGCUUCAGAAAUGGAGCCAGCUCGGUUUGCUGGAUUGGCGCUCGAAACAAAGAUUGUCCAUUGUCGAUCCAAUGCUAUUUCCGCUAGUGUACGGGCGGAGUUUGGUCCUGACGGAUGGAGGUCGAGUGGAGUUAGAGGAUGUUUUGGGCGCAUAUUCAGGUGCGACCAGAAUCGCCCCAAUGCACGUUGAUUUGAGGACCGACGCGGCGGAUGUGCAGAAGCGUAUUGAGGAGGCGCAGCAUCUGCAUCUUGGUGUGCAUUCCGACACAGAAACAAGCCACCAUUAUCGAUGGAGCGCAAAUUAUCAGGCUCUACCUUGUGAGGUGGAGUUUGUCGGGGGUAAAGGAUCGACGCAGGUGCGCAUUACCUCUUACAUCAACAAUUUGCACCCGACACACCGGGACCUCUACCGUGCGAUUGAGACGCUGGUGAGCCGGGCAAUUCCGUUGUGGAAUGACUGUCUGGUGCAGGGCCAGCGCGGCUGGAAUGAUAUCCUGAAUCAAGGCCAGCUAGGGCCGGUCCCACUGCGUAUCAUCACGUAUGGAGCGGAGUGGGAGAAUGAGCUCCCCGAAUGGCUACUCGCCUUCCGAGUUCCUCAUAAGGUUAAGAAGAGACGGUACCGUGAAUCGCGGGAAGUGCUCCUGAGGAGCGAGAGAGAUACAACAGACGAGGGCCGGAGAAGAUACCGAGAGGCGCAAGAAAUGCUCGAAGGACUUGCUGACGUUGAGGGAAACGAAGACAAGGAGCUACCACCUCCAGAUUCCAACCUCUGGCAACACGCGAAAGAAUAUCUUCAUCUCCCAGAAGAUAGGUCGGCCACUCCCGUUCCAGUGCCAGACGACUGGCAGCAAUCUCCCUGGUGGCAUAUCGAACGCAAGUUGCGGCGAUUGCUGCACUUCCGCCAUCCGGAACCUGGGACCUCGUUUUCCUACAAUGAAUGGAAGACGGGGCGUCAUCAUGAAAAGGCCGUGGUUGAUAUGGUCCGCGAGCGGAAAGAUUGGCACCAUAUGCCCUACAAGCCAGUCACGCCCCCCCAUAAGUACUAUACCAUCCGGCUCCAGGAUACGUUCCGCGAGCAUGGGUUACAAGUUAUCGUGAAAAUGGAGAAUAUCGAACUCACUCCAGAUAGUGGGAAUUACAAAGGAACGGACUGGCGGAUGGAGGGCCAGCUCAAUGAGCACCUCGUAGCAGCGGCUGUGUUUGCAUAUGAUGUGGUGAAUAUCACCGAACCCCGGAUCGCCUUUCGUCAGAACACCAAGCUAGAUGAAAGCUUCUACCGAUACAGAGAGGACCGAGAGCAAGGGCAGAGGGAGAACCCUCACCGAGCCGUGCCAGCGCGACGAUGUGGCAAAAACUUCUCGACAGAAUUCGCAGCAGUCGCGGAGAUUCUGGGGUUCUCGACUAUCGACCUGGAUUAUGAUAACCACGCAGCAAGAACCUGGCAGGACAAAGGUACGGUCAGGGUCUCACAGGGGCGCUUGGUCACAUUCCCCAACCUCUUAGAGCACCGUUACGAGCCCUUUGCCCUGGCCGAUCCUAGUCGGCCAGGAUGUUUUCGCUCCAUCGCGCUGUACCUGGUUGAUCCUCACUAUCGCGUGUGCUCCACCCGCAACGUGCCACCACAGCAACAUCACUGGUGGACACAGGCUAUCAGUCAUGAUCUGGCCGCGGCCGGAUUGCCGCAAGAGAUCAUCGACGAGAUCAUUCAAGGCACCGACAGCUGGCCCAUGGGGUUGCCUGAAGUCCGACGGCACCGGCGUGAAUUCUUGAAAGAGCACCGUUGGAACGAUCUUGUCCGGAUCAAUUCCAUGCGUCAUCCGUACUUUAACUGUUAA